UUGAAAUAAUAUUUAUAUUUACUUUCUUUAUCUAACCAACUUGUUGCAAACCUCAAACGCAGUUAUUAAUAAAAACACUGCGGGCGAAUGACGCGGGAACAGCAAAAAAUCAAAUAUUUCAACAUACCACGGGCUCUUCAAGCAAACAACUUCAAUCGCUUGUGCUCCAUUUGGUUUUUUUACAAAAUAAUUUCCGAUAAAGAAAGAGGUCAAAGAGUAUAUUGCGUCCUAACCUCAGCGCGAGUUAUCGUUGAAAUCGAGAAAAAACCGGUAUAAAUGUGAACAAUACUGUGAAAAAGCGGUCUAUCCUGAUGUUCGGUCACAAGUUAUCACUUAAGGAUAUUAUUCUAGGUAAGAAAAAACAGUUCUACAAUUAAAAAAACAAUUUUUAAAAUAGUACUUAUCUGGGAAGCGUAUAUUCCAUUAUUUGUUAUGACUUUUGACAGCGCCAGUAGAUCAUGUGAGCUGGGGAUGGAGAUGAUGUAUCGAUAAAAUAAAUAUGUCGAUAUCUUUUCAAUACAUCAACAAAUAAAAAAUAAUAUUAAAAUAAUGAAUGAACGGUUUUGUAAUCUCACUUAUUUUGACAAAGUUACAAGCAUAAUAUGUUUGCUUUAUCUAUUUAGUUUUAUUUAAAUAAUAUUUUUGUUUUGAUAUAUCAAUAUUAUUAAUAUGCUUUUAAUAUACGUAAUAUUCAUGUCAAUAUCUAAGAUUAUCGAAUCUAAUAUUGUUGCAUAUAGUUUUAGAAAAUAAUGGAAUUAUACAAAAUUUUUAGAGAUAUUUGAUGAUUAUUACCUAACGAUACUAUUUAUUUAACAAGUAUUAGCUUUAUAAUAAAAAAAAUAAUUUUAGUUAUUUGUGAAUGAAACUAUAUUUAUAUAAUUUCAAAUUUGUAAUAAAAUUCUAUAUUUUUCUUUUCAACUUCGCUAAACACAAUGGAAAUAUUGAAGAAUUGCAGGUAAAACUUCCAAUGUGUACGUUUGUCUUUAAUCUAUAUCGACGUUUUUUACAUUUUAAAUUUAAUUUCUCUUAAUUAAGUUUGUUUUUAAUUUAAUUUUUAUUUUAAAAUUACAUCGAUACUCUAUAUUAUUUGUUUUAAUUUCCCAUCCCUAGUUAGUAGUUCAUUAGUACAAAAUUUAAAUGUCAAUAUGCGGCUAACUUCAGUAUUGUUUUUAAGUGACGUGUUUUUAACCUUACAUUUAUGUCGUACUUAUUUGUUAUUUAUGAAAAAACUUAGUUUUAAUUUCGUUAAAACAAUCCUAGGUAUCAACAAUGUCUUUACCAGACAUAUUUCCACGAAAUCCCUCAAGAUCGACAAGGUUUUGGUCGUGUCCAAACUGUCCCGAUACGAAUACGAAAAGAGAAAAUACAAAGACGAAAAUGUUACGAAAUUUUUGGACGACCUGAAACGCAGGGGCGCUGAUAUUGAGAAAUUAGUCUACCACUACGAUCUACACAAGAAAUACGAAGAGCGUAUAGUGAAAACUUUGAAAUCGAGAGGGUUAGAUGUUAAAGUUGUUGAUCGAUACAAUUAUACUGAAGAAGAUGUGAACAAUUGUGAUGUAAUAAUACCAAUUGGAGGUGACGGUACAUUCCUGUUAGCAGCCAGCUUAGUAAAUAAUAACCAAAAGCCAGUGAUAGGGUUCAAUUCAGACCCAAACAGAUCAGAAGGAUAUUUAUGUCUACCAAAAAAAUAUUCUACCAAUAUUCACGCUGCAGUAGACAAAUUACAAGCUGGUAGCUUUACGUGGCUUUUACGGAACCGAAUUAGAACCACCAUGCUAACAAGUGACGAAUGUUUGAACCCUACUUUUCUACAUGACAGUGAGCUAGGACUGAACACUGUGAAGCUCUCUGAGGGUGAUAAAAGGCUGCCGUUUCUAGCUUUAAACGAGGUUUUUAUUGGAGAAACUCUAUCAGCACGUGUUUCCCAUCUCCGUAUGCGUCUAAAUGGAUCGACAGAGAACACAAAUCUAAAAUGUUCGGGUAUUUGUGUUUCUACAGGCACAGGAUCCACAUCCUGGCAUCUGAGUAUCAACAGGCAACCUGUUCAGAAUGUUGCCGAGCUGUUAAGACUGGUAGAUAUCGAUCCUACAGAGGGAAAAGAUAGUUUGGCUACGGUACUGGCAGAUAUCUAUAAUAAAAACUUGAUUUUUCCACCAGAUGAUAAAAAAAUGGCUUACACCAUAAGAGAACUGAUAUCAGCGGCUGUGUGGCCCGAUCCCAAGGGCAUAAAAAACAGAGGCUUCGCUUAUAAGCUAGAACUGAGAUCGAAUUGCUAUGACGCAGCCCUGGUCAUGGACGGCGGUAUAAGUUUUCCAUUUAAUGACGGCGCCACUGCACUGCUCGAGAUCAAGCCAGAAGACGCGCUAAGAACUGUUAUUUUUAAGGACUAAUUUUUUUUAUAAAGAUUACAUAAUCAUAAUUAAUUUUGUAUAGGGUUGUAUAAAAAUACUUCAGACUUUAUUAAAUAUUUUCUUUUAUAUGUCGUGAAAUGAUCGCUUAGAAAAAAAGUAUUUUUAUAGCAUUUAACCCUUCUAUUUUAUAUCUAUUUGUUGUUAUUUAAGUUUUAAAAAAAAAUAU